GGGAAAGCGGCGAGUAAGAUGGAAGAUGAGGAGGUCGCUGAGAGCUGGGAGGAGGCGGCAGACAGCGGGGAAAUAGACAGACGGUUGGAAAAAAAACUGAAGAUCACACAAAAGGAGAGCAGGAAAUCCAAAUCUCCUCCCAAAGUGCCCAUUGUGAUUCAGGACGAUAGCCUUCCCACGGGGCCCCCUCCACAGAUCCGCAUCCUCAAGAGGCCCACCAGCAAUGGUGUGGUCAGCAGCCCCAACUCCACCAGCAGGCCAGCCCUUCCUGUCAAGUCCCUAGCGCAGCGUGAGGCGGAGUACGCCGAGGCCCGGAAGCGGAUCCUGGGCAGCGCCAGCCCUGAGGAGGAACAAGAGAAACCCAUCCUCGACAGGCCAACCAGGAUCUCCCAACCUGAGGACAGCAGGCAGCCCAAUAAUGUGAUCAGACAGCCUUUGGGUCCAGAUGGGUCACAGGGCUUCAAACAGCGCAGAUAAAUGCGUGCAGGAAAGGAUGCCGCCGCCGCCGCCACCGCCUCUUGGGUCGUCCGCCACGGGUCGCACUGCUGUGGCAGACAGCUGGACUUGAGCAGAGGGAACGACCUGACUUACUUGCACUGUGAUCCCCUUUGCUCCGCCCACUGUGACCUUGAACCCCAUGCACUGUGACCUCCCUCCUUCCCCCCCCUUCCCACUGUGAUUGGCACGUCUACAAGGGCUGUCCCAAGUCAAUGGAAAGGGAAAGGGUGGGGGUCAGGGGAGGGUUGGGGGGACCCACGAAGGACUCGGAGAGGCAGACAGUGCCACUUGGCCACUUGGGGUAAAGCCGGUGCCAGCAAUAACAGUUUAUCAUGCUCAUUAAUUUGGGAUUUCAAAACACAGAUGAGAAUUCCCGUCCACCCACCUGCAAGUGCAUGUCUUCAUCACUUAAAAGCAAGUUCCAUUUGAAAAUAUCCUUUCUUUUUUUUUCUCCUUCUUAUUUUUGUUUGUUUAUACAAAUAUCUGAUUUGCAAGGAAAAGUGCACGGGAGGAGGGGUUUUAGCAGUUUAAUGAAUUUUUAAUUGAGAAAGGGUAGUUUGGUAGUCUACUUAAAAAUGUUUCUGGGAAAUUCACUAGAAACAUUAACCAAUAGGACUUCAGUGAGCUUAGCUUCUGUAUUCCUACUGCCGCCCAGAAGAGGGGCAGGGCUCCGCAGCCCCCCGGACAGAUGAGCACCCCAUGCCUAUACCUCCCUCCCUCAGCUAAGUCCCAGGGCAUCUAGGCCCUACCUGGACACUGAGCUAGCUGUACAGGCUGAGAGAGCCUGGGGAGGAUGCCAACCCCACCUCUAGUAUUUUGGGAGAUAGGGAAAGUGAACAGACUUCCCCUUCCCAUACCCCUCAGGGUGGUUCCCUGCCAGCCAGGCUUGCUCCUUUUGGAAGAGAGCAGGGAGUGAGAUGCACUCCGGGCUCGAAAGUAAGGGAUGUGAGACUUGCUCAGUGUUUUGCUCUUAGUCCGAGGAGAGCCAGGAGAGAGUGGCUCCAGGACUCCGAGCCUCGUGCCCAGUGUGCUCAGAAGGUGGCUAGAUCUUCCCGCUCCAGCAAUGCUAAACUCUCAAGGGUCUGUGGAGCACCAUCUCUGUUGAUGGCACCAGCUUGGUAACCACGCCUGGUACAUUUCCUUUGUGAAACAUUACCUUGGGAGCUGACCAUUCAUUUGGGAAAAGGCAAGCUGUGCAUUGCAAAGAUUGGUGGUGACAGACUGGUUCCCCAUAGACCCAGGCUACCCUUCACCCAUUUUUCCAGAGCGAGGGCCUGGAAUGAAGGCAGUUUCCCCUCUGUCCCUAGAGCCUAGAGAUUUGCUUUGGCUCUUUAAGGUGGAAGAGGCUAAGGGCAACUGCGCAGAGCAGCUGUGUGUGUGUGUGUGUGUGUGUGUGUGUGUGUGUGUGUGUGUGUGUACAAUCGGGGUCCUCUCAGGCUUUCUGGUCUCUUCCGUUGCACCGCGCCUUAUCCCUCAGCCAGCCAGAUAGCCUCCCACUCAGCGGAUGAGUUUGGGAGUGGGUGAAAGGACUUUUUGUGAUUAGGGCAGCUUGCGGUGGCCAAGGUGACAAGCUCGGUUUUGCAGGUUCCACCUUUGGUUCACCUGCCUUUCAGCCUUGCCCUGUGGGAGUGUAGGCCAGGCCCAGCAAGCCGUGUCCCACUGCAUCUCCUGCUGAGGAGGAAGGGCCAGCUGCCGUUGGAAUCCUCAGCUAGCCCAUAGCACAGCCUUGUGACCGUGAGCAGCCGGGAACUUGUGCGUGCGCAGAGCUGGGACGGAGCUUCUUCGGUCAUGAGGAAGCCACAGGCUGUUGGGUUGUGCCCACAGGCUGUUGUGAGGGGGUGACCCCCAGGAGUGGGCAAGGAAGAAGGUCGGCUGCUGUCUAUAGCUCCACUGCCCUGACCAAGUUUCCUCCUUCUAGAUGCAGCAUCCAGCCCUCGCGUAAUAGUGGUUUCUGGCCCGAGAUGAGACUGUCCUUUCAGUUGGAGAAGGGCACAGAGGUAGGCCAGGUGGCACGGCCAGGAGUACUGGUUGCUCAGCCAUCGGGACCACCUGCUCUUGCCCCCCUCUCCCCUAGCGGGAACCGAAAGGAAGGUCAGCUGAUGGGUGUCUGUGGAUUGAGGAUGUAGUAGGGACUGGUGCUCCCACAUCCCUCUGGCCAAAGAUGGGGCUUUGCCCGCUCUGUGCCUGCCACCACCCCCCAGCAGUUGUACCCUUGGCUUCCCAGAUGGAGAGGUGGCAGGAAAUUUUUAAAAAAGAAAGAAAUGAAAACAAGGAACUGUAUUGUGUUGGGGGGAGGCGGGAGGGGAGAUGGGAGAAUGGUUUG